AUGACAUCAGAGCCUCCUCAAGCUUAUGAGCCAGAUCUCGAUGGCGAUAUCCCGGUAUCUCCAGCCCUCCGGCGGCCACUCAAUUUUGAUUUCAAGGCGGCCGUGGAGGCCAAACUAACCAACACGGUCAUGGUCGACGAGUGUAUAGCACACCUAAAGCUGCUGCGGUCACUGGCAGAUCUAAGAGACUUUAUAUCCAAGAACAAUGGGUUAUUCGGGAUAUACGACAGUUUGGCUGAUGAUUUCCAAGAUAAAGAAGGGAGUCUAAAGGCUCUAGCUCUUAUACGAGAGAAGAGGUGGGGGGUCUAUGUCACCAGAGCUGUGCACAGGUUUGAGACCUGGGUUCGGUGCUGCUCUCCUACCGGCGGGCCAGGCUCGAACAGAAGCUGUGUCACUCUUUCUGACGUGGAAGAGAAUCCUGAAUAUAGGAACUUCCCCAGAUGGCCGUUGCGAACUCUCUGGGACAGAUCUCUCGUGCCUCCGUUAGAUGUUGUAAUGGUAUGGCAUGCAUAUAUGCUUAAUCCUCGGGAUUUCCUUGAAGAUUGCCUGAGGCUUGGAAAGAUGGGGUUUUGGGCAGCUGGACUGCCAUUAGAUGUGAUGGAUGAGUGUAUUGACAACACCAACUUUGAAUACAUGCCGGGGCCUACUGCGAUACCCAACUUUGAGCAAGAAACAGGAUUGAAAUGGUCUAACCUCGAUGACCCUCCAUUCAAAACAAUACAAUGCCCCGGCUGCUAUGGAGAUGUGACCGCAUUUUGGACAGAAGAUUGCCCCCAACUUGGAACGUUAGAUGAUCCUUUCAUACACUGUAGAGGUUAUGCAGACAAGGAGUUCAAAAUACAGUGCCAAAGAUGCCAUUUGUUCAUCACACAAGAAAAGCUUCGACUGGGGAAAUUUCGAAAUGAUAUCCGACUUCUUGUUGAACAGGGGAUUUUACUGCCAGGUACCCUCCUAACCACUGAUGGAGUGGUGGAUAACCCUCGGACGCUAGCCAACUCAGUAUUAUUUCCCAACAAGUUGAUAGCAGGAUCUUUAUACUCAAAGCUGUUCAACGAAACCGACCUUCAAAGGGACACGAAUGCAACCAUGUUUAAAGCCCGCGAUAUUAUCGGACAAGCGAUACUGGAAGGCGGUAAAACUCGUGCCAAUGAGCGCAUUGCCAUUAGAAGAAUGAUGUCUAGAUACUGGGAGAACUCCUCGCCAUUCGCACUCGACCUUAUUGGUGCGGUAAUACGGCAGGGCGUGUUCAUUGAUAAAAUGGAUAAAAUCGACUGGCUACAUUCUCCGGCUCUGGAAUCUACAAUGGACAGGCUGAUCAAAAAAUACGUUAUUUUCUUCCGCAUAAUUGCCCAAAACAAGGGCAAACUAGCUGUCCCUACCCUCGACGUUGAUUUGGCCUGGCAUACACACCAGUUGAGACCACAGCGAUAUUACAACUAUUCCACGCAGGUAACAUAUACAUUUGUCAAUCAUGAUGAUAAAGUGAUAGAGUCCCAGCUCUCAGAUGGGUUUGAAUGGACAUCUAAGCAGUAUCAAAAAUUCACGGGGGGUGAAAUAUAUAGUGAGUGUACAUGCUGGUACUGCGAAGCCGUUCGAGAGCCACAUAUACACUCCAUCUUCUCCAAAACCGCAUCCACAGCACGAAGAAACGCAGCACAGCUCCAUCAGAGGGAUGAUAUAAGUCCUGACCCCCAAAAGAAUGCUCAUAUUUCAGCUCAUAACUCAGUACGGGAACCCAACUCACCAGCUAGCCGCGCAAGGGCCAAGAUAAAAUUCAUAGAGCUUAAACACCAGCAUAACAAAGUGAUAAAACGGGCGAAUAAACGAGGUGUAGGUAAUAAAGAAGAGGGCAUUCCAAUGUAUUACUGGGGUAUUCCGCUCGUUGGAGGAGCAUUCUUCUUACCGUUUGCCAUGGACCCGGCAAUUAGCUGUGAUAUGUACCCCUCCAACCCUGCUUGUCUAGCUACACCCGAGAGUGAAGCUGGAGGCUGUGUUGCAGGGACAUGUUUUGGGACUGUAUUUGCCGGUGUAUGCUCCGCUGAAGGAGGGUCAGCAGGAUGUGGCGGAGGCAGCGGAGGAUGCGGUGGUGGAGGAGGGGGAUGUGGUGGUGGUGGUGGUGGAGGGGGAUGCGGCGGUGGGGGCGGAAGUUGA